UAGCCUUAAAUAGGCUAAAAUGGCAACACUGCACUGUACAAAUGUGCAAAUAUGAAACGAGUUAGCGAAUCCACUAGCAACCACAUUACAAUAUGCAAGUUUCGAAGGGAAAAGAGCCCUCCUGGACGGAUAACAGUGGACGAACAGAUCGUCAGAUUGAACGAGCAGAUGGACAUGGUGCUGGAAAACCAAAAGCAGAUCAUAGAAACCUUGAGAAAACUGACCAACAGCGGCAGUAAAGCGGACGAGUCGCGAGAAUCACUGAUUGAAGAAGAAGAGCUACAAAAAUUUCCUCUAACUGAAAUCGAGCAACUGGACAUAGUCGAGGAGGCGCUAAAUGAUCCGGAUAAUCGUUAUUUUCAAACAAUGAAGGAUAUUAUAAAGCCCGAAAAUAAGCCUCGUCCUGGGGGUCUGAGAAGACACUUUCAUCUGCUAAUGAAGGCGGACUUUUUUGUCCAAUUCAACUACGAUGGCAUCCACAACAAAUAUCCGUUCAAGAAGUAUAAAAACUUCAAUAAUGCUAUAUAUCGAAUCCAAAAGGUUGAUGGUUAUACAGAAGAUGAUUAUGUGACAGAAAUUAGAGCAGUAUUUCGUGCCUAUAAGAAUCGUAAAAGUAAAAAUAAUUCGAAUGCAAGGAAAAAACUCAAAGAAGCGCAGGCCCAUUUUGAGCCAGAAAUUGAUUUUGAAAAGAUCUUGUGGCCAGAUGAAUGAAUACAGUAUGAACAGUUGUCGUGCCUUAUUGACUAGAAAUAGUUAGGUUAGUCUUGGCUCAGAGUUGUUUGGAACAACAAGUAAUUGUCUCGAAAAUAAAUUCUUCCUAUAUUGUAAAAGGGUUACUCUUUUUAUAUUCUUCAAUUCGAAAAUGCGUGUUGCAUACAUCCACAUCCGUCCUAUCGUCCUAAUUCACUUGAUAAUCUUUUGGUAUACGUAUGUUCUGUUAUCGCAAAAGAAAGGAAACAAGAAAAGAGCCAGAAAUUUAAAAGACAUUGAACUUAUUCUGACCAUAAGAUUCGUUGAAUAUGAGGGACUAGGUUAUACUAGGGCAAUCAACGGUAGCUCGCGUGCUGUAUCGAUUAGAUUAGGUACCUAUGUACAUACAUAUGUGUUCGUAUCUUUUAUAGACUUCCAGCCGUCGUUUAGUUUGUUGCCGCGUGCAUGUGUAAACAGUAAAAUACCUGUAUCGGCCUCAGUUAUAAACCAGCAUUUGACGAAGCUGUUUCUAUAUUUUUGGUUGCCUGGCGUCGAGUAUCAAGCGAUAAGAGUGCGAAAAUGCGUGCAUAUAAUGGAAGAGUCUGGGGAACUUUGCACGAUGGCAAAUUCAAAGUCCAGAGUGUAACCGAAGCUGAUCUGGAAGAGGCGCUUGAUGUUCUUGAUGGUUCAUUUUUUAUUAACGAAUCAGUUUGCAUUGCUUGUGGUAUUAAUUUACCGCAUAAUGCUCAGGCCCGCCAAGAGUUACGAGAGUUAUGCAAUAUUACAGCCAAGGAUGGGGUUUCUCUUUUGGUCAAGGAGGUGGCUACGGAGCGGAUUGUAGCAGUGUCUUUUAACAAAAUACAGUACCCCCCAGCGCCUGGCGAGGAUCAUUUCUUUUUGAAAUUCCGCAAUGAGGUCGCUCAGAGUCCCCAGGCCCGUCGUUUGAUGGAUUUUAUGAUUGAAGUCGACGAGAGGAUUGAUGUUUGCGCCAUGUACAAUAUGGAUUGCUUCUGUGAGCUUAUGUUUUUGGCCACCUUGCCCUCCCAUGAGCGUAUGGGACUGGGUCGGGCUUUGGCCAGCUAUACCAUAGAACUCACUAAAGAGCUUGCGGAGGGUAAGGGUCUGGAGGACAUUGAUGAGCAGCUGCGUUCCCAACGUCCAGAGGCUGUGACAGCCCUAUGGAGCGGGAGUUUCUCACAAAAAGUUGGCCGGGCUUCAAAUUUCAAGGUUCUUAAUUCUGUUUCCUAUGAGGACUUCGAAUUCGAAGGCAAGCGUUUUAGCGAGCGCAUAAGUCCCUUGCAUAAGACCUGCGAACAUGUCAUAUACAAGUUCUAAAAAAUCUUGAAGAAAUUUGUAGUAUACAACGUACAGGUUCUAGGAGUAAACUAAACUGGAGUAGGAAGCACGCGCUGGCUUCGGAUUUUGUCUCUGGCCGGCGGGGUGUGGGCAUGGAGGCAGUUUACUACCAAUUUAGAGCUCAGGCAAAGGUUACAUAGGCGAGGUAUGGUAUAAUGAUCUUAAAUAUACAAAAAUGUGCAAGAACUAGAUUACGUGUUCAUUAUAGGAACACUAAAACUUUAAACUUCAGACAAAAACCGGGUAUAUGGCAAGUCCCUCAAGUGUAUGAGUACUACGUGUAUAAUACCGUGAUCAUGGUUGAAGACCAACAAAUAGUUACCGCACAUGCAUGUUUUUCAUAUGGCUUACUUGUUUCAUGAUAAUCACUUACGAGACGAAUAAUAACUUUGGCUUGGGGAUAUAUAUUUUCUCCGUCCACGGCAUG